ACCCAACGUGCUGCGCGCGGCAGGCUUCCGCCAUCUUGUUCCGGCCAGCAGCCCACCAUCACCUUGUUUGUUCCCCGCCUCGUCCCUCCCCGCCCCGGCCGCUCGCUCCCCUCAGGACUCGGUGUGUACCGGCGGGCCAUGCUGGAUCACACAGGGCAGCCCUAGGGAUCCGCCGCUCCGUCCCUCCCGCCGCGCAGCCCGCUCCUCCUCCUCCUCUCACACCCGGGCCCAGCGCUGGACUCCGACAUGGACGCCGUGAACGCCUUCAACCAGGAGGUGAGGGGUGUGAAGGCAUGGGGGGGCAGGGGUGUGAGGGAGGGGGGGCCUGGGGGGUGAGGGAGGGGGGCCUGAGGGAGGGCCUGGGGGUGAGGGAUGGGGGGCGGGGGGUGUGAGGGCAUCAGGGGGGCCUGGGGUGUGUGAGGGAGGGCCUGGGGGUGAGGGGCAUCGGGGGGGCCUGGGGUGAGGGGGCAUCGGGGGGGCCCGGUGUAAGGGGUGGGGGAGGGCACAGGGGCCUGUUUAAUCAGCCUUGACGUGGGCACCAACUAAUGUCUGAGAAACAGGCCCGAAAGCCUGUCUGCCGGACUGACAUCCCAGUAACACUGAAAUCCCCACUAUCUCCAGCAUGACACUACAAUCCCCACUAUCCCCCACCAUGACACUGCAAUCCUCAUUACCCCCUGCAUGACACUGCAAUCCCCACUAUCCCCAGCAUGACACUGCAAUCCCAUACAUGACACUGCAAUCCCUGCAAGACACUGUAAUCCUUAUCAUCCCCAGCAUGAAACUGUAAUCCCCUCUAAGACACUACAAUCACCACCAUCUCCAGCAUGGCACUACACCACCCCCCAAUAAUUUGUGAUGCUUUUAAAGAAUAUACAAUUUCUGCUGUAUAUUUGCCUUCAGGUUUGCUAGCAAAUGCAUAGAUUGAAAUACCAAUUUAAACGCACACUAUAGGUACCAAAACAACUUUAACUUAAUGAUUCGGUUUUAGUGUAUAGAUUAUGGCACUGCAGGCUCAAUUCUCUGCCAUUUAGGAGUUGUCAUUUUUUUGUUUAUACAACUCUAGUUGCACGUCCCUGCAUGUGACUGCCACAGCCUUUCUAUACACUUUCUGUAAAUUGAGAUCUAAUGUCUAAACUCCUUUUAUUGCAUAGUCUGUUUAAUUUAGAAUUCCCAUCUCUUGCUCUAUUAAAAGCCUUUUAGACCCUACGUGAGCCUCUUGUAUGUGAUUAGUGUGUUUUUUUUUGUUUUGUUUUUUUCAUGCAUGCGGUCUCAGUCACAGCUAGGGUAGGUGUGGCUAUGACUGCAUGAACAGAAACAAGUGAUUAAACUCAUAAAUGGCAGAUAAUUGAAGAGUGAAACAGCAGGGGCAUGGUCUAUACCAGGGAUAUGCAUUGUUUAGCACUGCAAAGUUUUUGGACUACAUUCCCCAUGAUGCUUUGCAAGCAUUAUGGAUGUAAUAGCAUCGUGAGAAAUGUAGCCCACGGCAUCUGGAGUGCUGAAGGUUGCAUACCCCUGGGCUAUACACUAAAACUUUUUUUUUUAUUGAGAAAAGGUUGUUUUGGUACUAAUAUCUUUCAAACUAAGAAUUGUCAGUAAUUGAAAGGGAAUUUCACAUUUAUGGCCUAAAUAGCCUUAAAAAGGAGUUCAUCUAGUUUGCCCUUAAAUGUUUGAUUAAUUUUGAAUUCCCAGCAAUUCUUAUUUUAGUGAAUAGUUUUGUAAGUUUACAGUUUGAAUAAUCGUAUUUUAGCCAUUACAUUAGCAACAUUACUUUAAGUUAAAAUAGGUGUUGGUGUUCAUAUUGGGGCUACCAGUUCUACUGCAGUAUCUGUGAACAAAAGGGAGAUUUUAGUAUGAGGUCCAAAAGUCCUGUUUUCCUCUAGGGUUUUUUUUGCAGGCACCAUGGGGAAAGUCUAUGGGUAAACCAGGAAUAUAUAUUCACACACAACUUUGGUAUAUUAUGUAAUUUAUCCCAAAACAGCAUUUCCACUCAUCACCUGUGAUGAGUGGAAUUGCUUUGUAAACUGUCAUUUCGCUGCAGAGGACACAUGACCCCCUCCCACAUCUCUCCCAAUGCUUGUUGCUCUUCACUCCUCACGUGAGAGCACACUCAAAGGGUGCAAUUUUUAUUGUCUGGUCCAAUUUGGCUGCAGUUAGGCUGUCUCUAAAUAGCUGGGUGAGUUACAUUUUACUAACAUCUGAAAUAUUACAGCUAAGUGUGCUCACCUGCAGUUCAGUUGAAAUUUAGUUUUAUGUAUAGACUUCAUAAUCGAGACAAAUCUAGAAUAUAUGUUUAAUAAAAUGUCAGCGUAGGGGGCAUCAAAUGAUAUGCAGUACUUGCUGUCAGUUAUAGGCAGUUUGCGUCAUAAUUCGCAGUGAAUAAACACUACAGGUUUAGUCUGACAAGUGAAUUGAAAAACUGUAUGAAUUAAACCUAUUUUCACACUAAAGUAGUUUGCAUCUAAAUCAUGAGAAAAUGCUUAGUGAAAAAGCUUAGUCUGCAGGAAUCUUUUAUCAAAAGAGGUUCUGUAUUCUCACAUUACUUUGGACAGUACCACUCAAAGCUGACAGAAGGGUAAAGUUACUACCAUUACAGCUGGAUACAUACAAGCACUGAUACUUUUUUUUUUAUUCCAGUGCAACAUUUCCUAUAUAUUUUUAAAUGCAACUUGGUGAUCUAAAGGGGCACUCUUAAACACCAUGAAUACUAUAGUUCGUCACAUAUACUGCCCCAUAUUUUUUAUAAUGUAGAAAUAGAAACUCCUUUAUCAAAAGCUUUCAAUAUGUAAUGUUUAGAUUGUUGAAUGUAUUUGUUUCUUCUUUGCAAAUGAGUUUACGAUCUCCACUUCUGGGCACCAACGUGAGGGCAAACAAAUGUUGCAGUUUAUUUGUUUGCUGUAAAUGAAUCCUUUUUAAUAAGUCAGGCUUAUACUGGUACAAAUCAGUUCGCUAUAGCUUCUCUAUGCCUGUCAGAUAUUUUAAAGUACUGAAAAACAGCGGGCUGAUCACUUGCUCACCUUUGACAUUUCAUUAAAUUUAUCUGUUAGAUUAUUUUGUUUGCUUUCAGUUAUAAAAUACCACAAAGUCUGCACUGAUUACCGUUUUGUUAACUGCUUACAGUACUGUAGAAAUAAUGUUGGCAAACAAAUGUGCUUUACAGAUAAAACUAUUGGAGAUUGCUCAUGGAGCACUUAUGUCUGAUUUCAUCAGGCACCAUCCAUUUUGCAGAGACACCGCAUGUGCCGAAGAGUGACCUUCUGCAGGGAUAUUUCCUGACUGACUCCUCUCCCUCCCUGUUUUAUGUAGAAAUGCCUCAAGUAACCCCCCCCCCUCCUUUUUUUAAACGUCAAUUAGUCUUUAAAAAAGAUUUGUCAGCAUCUGUUCUUGUGCCCAGUAUUUCUAGUAGAGUAGCUAUAGUAUUGAAUAUCUUUAUUUGCUAUGUGGAAUUAUUUUUGUGUUUCAUACAACUUUAUAUUGGCCCAGAAAAGAGCAUUUUAGUUUUAUAAUCUUUGCUAUAACUUUCUAAUGCUCGAUAAUGUCUGACAGGAGUCAAACUCUUGAGUGUAAACUUAUUCCAGUUGACAUGGUUGUAUAUUACAUAUUUAGUUAUAUAUAUAUAUAUAUAUAUAUAUAAUAUAGAUUUUAAAUCCUGCCUUGCAGUUUUGAUCAAUGAGCAGAGUUUUUAAAGGGACACUAUAGUCACCCAGACCACUUCAGCUCAAUGAAGUGGUCUAGGUGCCAGGUCCCUCAGUUUUUAACCCUUCAGAUGCAAACAUAGCUGUUUCAGAGAAACUGCUAUGUUUACAAUUGGCGUUAAGCCAGCCUCUAGUGGAUGUCUUCCGGACAGCCACUACAGGCGCAUCUGCGACGCUGGAGGCAUAUUAUGCCUCCAUCGUGCAGAGCGUCCAUAGGAAAGCAUUGAGAAAUAGUUUUUGGUAUGUAUCCAAAUAGUUUUUGGUAUGUAUCUGAUCUCCUGCAAACAUUUUCCAUAGUAUGCACACAUAAAGGGACACUAUAGUCACCAAAAGAACUCUAGCUUAAUGAACCAGUUAAGGUCUCUGAAAUUUCACUUCUCAAUUCUUUGCCAUUUGGUAGUUAAAUCACCUUUGUUUCUGUUUAUACAGACAUAGCCACACCUCACCUGACAGUGACUGACACAGCCUACAUGAAAAAAAUGGUUUAAUUUUUAAUCAGAUGUUUACUUGGUUUUAGAUUUUUUUUUAUCGCUUGCUCUUUAAAUGAAACCUUAAAAGACUACUAUAGUGCCAGAAAAACAAACUCGUUAAAACCCCUUCAACCACUUACCUUAAUCCAGCGUCGGGCUCCCUCUGCAAUGGUGACCUCUCCUCCCCCCGCCAACGUCCGCUCCGAAUGCUGCGUGCCAUAGCCGCAUUACUCAAUGCUUUCCUAUGAACGUCCAGGGUCAUCUCAGUGUGAUUUUCAUACUGAGAAUCGCAGAAGCGCCUCUAGUGGCUAUCAGGGAGACCGCCACUAGAGGCUGGAUUAACCCAUAAAGGGACACUAUAGUCAUCUGAAUAACUUCAGCUUAAUGAGGUUGUUAAGGUGAGAACUAUAGCUCCCUGCAGCCUUUCUCAUGUAAACACUUUAUUUUCUGAGAAAAUAGUGUUUACAUUGAAAGCUAGGAACACCUCCAGUUGCAGUCACUCAGCGUGUACCAGAGGGACUUCUGAGUUGAUGGAGGCAUAAUAUGCCUCCAUCUACUCAGAUCUGCUGUGCACGAGCAUCCUGUGAUUCAGUAUCUCCUCCCACUGCAUACAGACACUAUACUUUCCUCAUAGAGAUUCAUUGAUUCAAUUCUACUGUAUGAGGAGAUGCUGAUUGGCCAGGGCUGUGUUUGAAUCAUGCUGGCUCUGCCCCUGAUCUGCCUCCUAGUCAGUCUCAGCCAAUCCUAUGGGGAAGCAUUGUGAUUGGAUCAGGCUAUCACAUGUCAGCAGACUGCUUAUUUUUCCUGAGUCUAACAGCAUGCAGAUUUACAGCUUCUGGCUUGAAUACAGUAAGGUUUUUACUAUAUUUAUGUAAGCAUGAGGGGCCCAGGGGGGCUAGAUGGUUGUGUUAACACUAUAGGUUCAGGAAUACAUGUAGUUGCACUGGUGAUUAUAGUGUCCCUUUAAUGUAAACAUAGCCGUUUCUCUGAAACGGCUAUGUUUUCAGCUGCAGGGUUAAAACUAGGGGGACCUGGCACUCAGACAACUUCAUUGAGCUGAAGUGGUCUGGGUACCUAUAGUGGUCCUUUAACCCCUUAAGGGCCAAACUUCUGGAAUAAAAGGGAAUCAUGACAUGUCACACAUGUCAUGUGUCCUUAAGGGGUUAAGCAUGUGUGGAAGGCUUCUGCAUGCUCUAGCAGGCCACUGUCAGAGCCUGAGAUAAAAUAAAAUUUAAAUGACGGUGCAAUAAAGGAAGUUUUAAUAUUAGAUCUCUCUUUACAGAAAGUGUUUUGGAAGCUCGUGUCAGGUACAUACAAGGCGGUGCAACUAGAGUUGGAUAAACAAAGUGACUUAACUCUUAAAUUGCAGUGAGACUGCAUGACAUGAUCUAUAGUUCAUAACUGCUUCAUUAAGCUGAAGUUGUUUUGGUGACUAUAGUGUACCUUUACAUUUCUGGCAAUUCUCACUUUAGUAACUAGACUUGUAAAACUCCCACAUUGUUCAAAUUAUAAUUUAACUAACCGGUUCAUUGUCAGAAAAGUAACAUUUAUAACUGAUUGACAGGGAGCCAAGAUGCAGACCAUCAGUUACAGGAUAGAUGUGCAGAUAAACCUUGAUAUGAAAAACCUGGGAAGCAAUAUUUCCUCUUGAAAGUAGCUUCUUGUAUAGAAUCAUGUGCCUCUGUGAGUCUACCCUUAGGCUCCAUGUGAUAGUUCUGUGUAAGUUACUGUUGCAUGGCAAUGUGCUCAUUAAGGAGACGUAUCAGUUUAAAAUAACAGAGCAAUUCAAAACUCUAAUGGUGUUAUUUGAAAACACUGUAACAGUGAGCUUUGAGGACUAUUAUAUGGGCAAUAUAAGAUGUCUUUACAGACACAUAUUGUACAGUUAAAGGGAUCCUAUAGUGCCAGGAAAACAAAGCCGUUUUUCUGGCACUAUAAGUUUAAUAGGCCACCCCCUCCUGCGGGGCUCAAGGGGUUAAAACCCUUUCAGCCACUUACUUGAAUCCAGCGCCGAUGUCCCUCGGCAGAAGUGUCUGUGACGGUCCUCAACAGUAAACUAUGGAGACUACCUGCACAUGUAAGACUAGUACCUGGAAGUUAAUGCCUUUUGCCCCCACACAAUGUACAAUUACAAAGAUUAAAACAUGCUUAGUGGUUUUAAUGGGGAACUGCAACUUCUCUGGAACUUACACCAUUGGAUAAAAAAAAUUCACCCAUAACUCCUGUUAUCCUUUUUCAUGAGGCAGAUUUUUCUUGCAAAUGAAUAUUAAAGAUUUAGCUAAUCACGUCAUCAAUUUCAGACAAAACAAAGCAUCCGUUGGUUGUUGGGCAAAAGUAACAUCUCCAGGAUGUACAUGGAAACCAGAGUAAUCUGAAUGUACCUUUCCUGGUAAAAUACUAUAUUAGAUCGUGUUUGAAAACGAACAGUUUGUCUCUGUGGUUUGCCCUGCUUCUGUGCAGGCAUAGAAAACUAUAGAGACUGUUUUCAAAUACUGCCUGACCCAAUGUGUUUGUAUAUGGCUGAAGGAUCCUGACAUAUACUAAAGGUAGAGAUGCGUUUCUGUGAAAUUCAAUGUGUUUUAAAAAUAACAUUAUCAAAAGUUGGUGGAAAAUGGUUGAAUAAAAAGUGUGAAAAUGCUCUUGGUUAAAACCAUGCGCUGCAUGACGGCCGUGGUUAAAAUAGACCUAUAACACUUGUGUGCACACAACCGGUGUCUUUGGCUAAUGUGUGGUUAAUUAUCGGUGCCAAAUACGACCAUUGUGUUAUACAGAGCAGAUUUGACUUUAUUUCCUGUGUGGAUAAUCCUCAUGGCUAACUUUUCAAAAUGCCUUUUAUGCUCUACAUAUCUGACAGUCUUCCAGUGUAACAAACACAACCAAAAGCAACCUGCUAAUUGACAUUUGAGAGAGAGAUAUAUAUAUAUAUAUAUAUAUAUAUAUAUAUAUAUAUAUAUAUAUAUAUAUAUAUAUAUAUAUAUAUAUAUAUAUAUAUAUAUAUACACACACUUUUCUUUGUGUGUAUUGUUCAAAGUAGCACCACAUUCGACUUUGAUGCAUCUAGGAGAUAAAGGGGCACUAUAGUCACUAAGGAUGCACUGAAAAAAAGGUCAAAUCUGCUGACUUAUUUUUUAAUUUAAAAAAAAUUAUUUGAAUAUUCUUUAUUUUUGUGGUGCAUAAUUUAAGACAUGCAUUCCUUGACAAUUCAGAUUAUAUUUUUAUCACAAGGAAAGAUAGUAAUGAUAGCAUGAAAAGUCAAGAAUAAUUUUAUUUUUAAUACUUAAAUUGCUAUACUACUUUGAUUAUUCAACUGUUUUAUAUUCCCUGGGAGACACCCCAGUAAGCCAUUGAGGGAUACACUGAGUUAAGAGCAGGGAAGUAGCGAAAAGACCUGCAGGAGAGCUUAAAAAUAACCUAAACUGCAAUAGUUAGCAAAUCAUGCAUACCAUACGCUUUGUGUAUAGAUCAAGCCUCACUGCUCAAUUCUCUGCCAUUUAGGAGUUAAAUCACUAUUGUUUCUGUCCUUGCAGAUCUAUCCACACCUCUCCUGGCUGUGACUCUUGCAGACUGCAUGAAAAAAAAAUUAACUUGUUUUAGAAGUUUUUAUCUCCUGAUCUGUAAAAUGAACUUUAAUCACACACUGGAGUCUCCUUCAAAGUCUAUCAAGCUAUUAAAGGGAUUAUAUAGUGCCCUGAAAACAAACCUGUUUUCCUGGCACUAGAGGCUCCUGCUGUGCCGAAGGGGUUAAAACCCCCUUCAUCACUUACCUAAAUUCAGCGCCUAUGUACCUUGGCGCUGGAUCAGGCAUUGCGCACAUGCCUCCCCCGCCAACGGGGAGACCUAAUGCGCAUGCACGGCAAUGGCACUAAUCAGUGCUUUUGUAUGGGGAACAAUCUGAAGCUGGAGGUCUUCAUGCAGUCUGUGAGGACGUCCAGCGUCCGAUAAUGGACCAAAGGUCCGUUUAGAUUCUGGAAGACAGCCGAUUCUGGUAGACAGCCAUUACAGGAGGAGUUAACCCUCAAAGGUAAUUACCACUGUGGGGUUAAGAGACAUUGCACCCAGACCACUUAAAUUAGCUAAAGUGGUCUGGGUGCCUACAGUGUCCCUUUAACAAAGCAGCAGAUAAGACAUUCUAACAGACUGUGCAAUAAAGGAAGUGUUACAGGAAGACUGUAAGUAAUAUGCAGGGAGGUAGAGAAUUGAGCAGUGAGACUGCAGGGGUGUCAUCUAUACACCAAAACUGCUUUAUUACACAGUUGUUUGUUUUUUGCUCUUGUGUCCCUUUAAAACAAAUUGGAUGCUUACCACGGAAUGCCCCAUGUUUGCUACUGAUCCCCAAAAUUGUAAAUAACCUGUUUUGUUAUCAAUCAGUCAAUCCUGGUCAUCUCACAGUUUACAAUGAAAGUGCUGCAAAUAAGCCCAUUCUCAUCAAGUAGUUUGUCAUGCACUUAAACGACCACUAUAGUGCCAGUAAAACAUACUCGUUUUCUUGGCACUAUAGUGCCCUGAGGGUGCCCCCACCCGCAGGGUCCCCCUCCCGCCGGGCUCUGGGGAGAGGAAAGGGGUUAAAACUUACCUUUCUCCAGCGCCGGGCAGGGAGCUCUCCGAUCCUCCUCCUCUCCUCCCUAUCGGCUGAAUGCGCACGCACAUUCAGCCGGUCUCAUAGGAAAGCAUUUACUGUGAUUUUCACGCAAGUGCCUGUCAAUGAGACAGCCACUAGAGGAUUUGAGGGCUGGAUUAACUUUUUUUGUGCUUCUUGUGGAUAAAGCCAAUUAGCCAUGUGCUUGAUUUGUUUCUAUAUGCAGUCAUAAGCAGGUGUCCUUUACAAAUUAAUUGUUCUUCACCUUUGCCAGAUUGUGGGGUUGGCAUGUAGAUGCAAAUGUGGAUAAAGACAGGAAUAAGUGUGUAGGAGGCUCAAUUGCCUUAAAUAGAAGUUGACUUUAUUAUAAUACAUGCAAUGUUUUACUCCUUGUAUGUUACAAAAUAUACAUCAAUUUAAGGCAUUUGAGCCUGCUCUGCACCUGUUGGAGUUUAAGAGGCAAGCAGUAGACAGAACAAGCACAAUUUGGUAUUGUAGAUUAGACGGGGGUCAGGAAGCUAUUUUUAGGUCCAUAACCGCUCAGGAUACUGCACAAAGAAAUUUCCCCUUCAAUAUUACAAGAAGUGACCAUAAAAGCACAGGUUUAUUGCUCAAAAAUAGUAUAUAAAGUAACAUAUAGCAGACAAAAUCAUUUCACAGACCCCACAUUGUACAGGUAACUAGUUCUUUUUUUUUUGUUGUCAAUCUUUCUUUAUUGAAGGCAUAUAAGAUGGGGUACAGAAGAGAAACCCGGGGAUAUGUACGAGCAGAUUACAAUAUAGGGUGGAUACACCGGUCAGCCAGUAUACAAUUGCGAUGCCUAAUUUUUUGUUUUUUUAGAAAGAAGAUUAAUUUACAAUAUUGAACUGUAGCUUAUAUAUGUUAGCUAUGAAACAAAAGAUCUGGUUGGUAUCUUGUUAGAUUCUUAACAUUGAGAAAAGUAACAUGUUAGCUAGUUGUGGCUAGGGGUGUAUAGUAUAAAACAAGGUAGAAUAAAAUUAGGUGAAAACCAGUAUUGCCCAGGAUAUAGUAUGUCUCAGCUAUACAGUAGAAAUUCCAUAGUAUACAGUGGUGUAAUAGCGCAUGAACGCGGCACUAAGUGAUUCAUGCCUCGUUCCCACGCCGCAACCCAACGCAUCCUCCCAGGUAACUAGUUCUAUUCAAAUGGCAGAAAAUGAAAACGGGGUGGGGGACAGACAAAUUGCCGAUAUGCUGGUUGGAAGGGGAUGAAAGCGUUUCACAUCUGUAACACCGUUUUAUCAACCUAGCCUGUGCAAAGAGUAGAAUUCCUCGUGUUGCCUCGCUGUCUCUAUGAGCUGGUAUUUACUGCAUGUUAAUUGUUAUGAUUGUGGUAUUUGUUUUGAGUUUUUUUUUUUUGUACAACCAUCUCCUGAAAGCCAUACAAGCCCACGUUUCUUCUGUGUGUUAACUAAGAUCCAGUAUGCCUACUCAAGCUUUACAAAAUAAAAAUAUGGAUUCUCAGGCUUGGCAGCCAAAUGAUUUGACUCUUAUUAUAACACCUUUGCCCUUGUUUGAAAUGAAAAGAACCCCCAGAAAACAGGCCUAAAUGGCGUUUUUCUAACUGUAUAUCUUAUUUUUAUGAUUUUUCUUAAAUUUACUUAGCAAAAGAGCCAAAUAACACUGGGAAAUUGAUUGUGAAACAGCCCUUAUAUAUUUAGCUGUACCUGCGAACACAAGUGGUUCAUGACCAAUACUCCUACAGACUUGCAUAAUUCAGAGCAAGAUCGUAUCUUUGGAAAAUGUAUCUAAUUUUACACCCUUUCCAACUUGGCUAUAUUAGUUUUAGUUUCUCAAAUUGAUUUCCAAUUCGCCAGUUAUCUGUUUAGUAAAUAAAUUCCAUUGUGUAGGAUAUCGGAGUUUACCUGGGUUUAAAGUUGGAUCUAAUGUUAUGAUUUUCAUUUCCAGCUCUUUUCGCUCAUGGAUAUGAAGCCACCAAUAUCCCGAGCAAAAAUGAUUCUUAUUACCAAAGCUGCUAUCAAAGCCAUUAAGGUAAGGAAUUAAUGCACUUGCAAUGCUGUAUUAAAGUAUUUGUUGUUUGUAUUUUUAACUCAUGAUUAAAGAACUGGAUCCCCAGGUUGUUUGAAUCCGUUUGCAAUGGUUGGGUGAGACAUCUUAUUUAUCCUCUGCUCCGAUAAAUAUUGUUUACUGUAGCAUUACUGCCUUCUCCAGUGCAAAAUCAACUCCCUUGACAUUGUGAAUAGACCACCAAUUGUGAUAUUUUGAUAAUUAUAUUACACUUAAAAAAAAGUUUAAGUUUAAAAAAAAAAAUGGAAAAGGAGAACUUACCUGGAAUUCCAUGCUGUCCAAUGUCAUACUGCAUCUCCUCCUUCCUCUCAGUGGUCCAAUCAAAUGCCUCUCAUAGAAAAGCAUUUCAAUGGACCUAUCUACAGCUUCAGUGCAUACUCUCUGCCAGGGAGUUAGAGGGUGGUGGAUAAUGGAGGGAAUGGAUUAAUGUUGGGAGAUAGGAAGGAGUGCACCCAGAGAGGGAGUUCAGAUUUAGACUUGCCCUUGUAUGCGUGCUCCCAGCGCUGGCUGCAUAGUUAAAAUCUCAUUAUAACUUUCACCAGCUCACGGUACGCCCUGACAGACUGAAGUUUUUCACAGAUCUAACAUUAGACUGCCUCCAACAUUGUUGUGGUCACGUGUUCUGGAGUGUAAUUUGCCCCUGGCACAAACAAGUGCUCAUUAUUCUGUAUGUGUAGCGUUCGGAGUGAUCAUGGAGGCUGGAGUAAUUCAGUCAGUCAUUCAGAUAUCUUGAAAACUUUGAUAAUAUAUACACCAAUUUUGGCAUCGAGAUAUGUGUAAAGUAAAGAAGCACUCAACUGAAACAAGUGACACUAUUUUAUUUUUUAAUAGUACAGUCUAAGCACCAAAACCACUUCAUUGAGCUAAAGUGUUUUAGUGCACAGAUUAUCUGCGGUUAAAUGACUCUAUAUCUGCAGCUCUAGCCAUAGGUUCUCUGACUUUGUAUCUCAGUCUCCCCUCAUUUCUUGAGAUCUAUCUAGACCCUAUCCUACAUUCUAUCAUAAUGGUUACUUUAGGGCUUGCAGGAAAAGUAGAGGAUGAGUCUUAUCUCCUUACUCAGGUGCAAAGUUUUGCUCUCGCCAGCAACCUACUAAAAUAUUUUGUGUAGGUCUUGAUCUUUAGGUAUGUUCACCAAACUGAGUUUACACAAGAUGUUUUAUGCUCUUUGUUCACAAUGCCUCACUAUAAGAAACAUUUGAUUGGUCACUACCCAGCGCAAAUAAGGAAGUUUUGGCUGGGGAAAAGAGGAUUGCUUAACUAAGAAAAGGUAGGAAUUUAUGCAGUAAGGAAUAGAAAUUUUGAAGAUGAGCUCACUGUUUUGUUAUAACCUUAAAGUCCUUGUGGGGGCUUAAGUUAUUAUAUCUAUAUCUUACAUGUUGGUUCACUUUUCCAUUUAUUAGUAUAAAACUAAAAUCUGGUAUAUUUUCCCCUCCACAGCUUUACAAGCAUGUAGUGCAGAUUGUGGAGAAGUUCAUCAAAAAGGUAACACAUUUUUGUGAUCAUUGCUGCUGCUUAUUGGAAGAGCUAGAACUAAUGUAUUCUCUCCCUACUAUGAAGAGCACUGUUUAUAUAAAUUAAACUUCUGAAUAUAAAAUAGCAAUGUUUGCCCACUAUUUAAAGCUCUGUUAAAUGGAACCUGGCUUGGAUGUUCUAAGUUUGCUUAAAUCAGUUUAUGGUGAUGUGUGUAGCCUGAAUAAACAGUUUUUUUCAUUAACAUCCAGUGUGGAAAAUAGAAGCCAAACCACGCCUUGUGAUUGGUUAUACGAUGAUCUGCUCCGAUGAAUAGCAAUUAUUGGUUCUUAUAAAAGGAAAGGAUGGUGUAAAUAGAACUGCUUAUUUUGUGUUUCAGUCAUUGUUUAUUAACGUAAAUGAGCAAUGCUUACAGAGGAUGCAGAGCACAGGGCAUGUAAUUAUCCUUUUAACAAAGGAUAUUGACUCCUAACUUUAUAACAUGUUGUAGAACAUGGAUUAAGUGAGACUCUGCGUGUAACACACUAGAGACUACUUGAUUGUAUAUAUUAAAGUUGUUGAAACAACAACAAAAAAAAAAUGAAAAAAAUAUAUGUAAAGUAGUAUUUUAUGCAAAUCAGAAUAUGUAUGGAGCAUAUCCCUAUUUUUUUUCAUAAUAUAGGUAACAGACUUAGCAAAUGCAAAAUGUAAAAAUAAGAUAAAUUUUCCUUUAGUGCCAUAGUAACAUGCCAUUCUUUUUCUAAAAUAUAUUUUUAAAGAAUAAAGAAAUCUUUGCUCCCUUUCUCUAAUGCCUGCUUACCUAUAUUUAUGAGAAAAUCCAGUGAGGGAAAAUAUUAAGUUUUUUUUUUUUUUCUUUACAGUGCAGGCCCGAAUACAAAGUUCCUGGAUUAUAUGUUAUUGACUCAAUUGUUCGUCAGUCUCGGCAUCAGUUUGGUAUAGAUAAAGAUGUGUUUGGUCCACGCUUUAUUAAGAACUUAACUGCAACAUUCCAGUGUUUAUAUCUCUGCCCCACAGAAGACAAGGUAGAUUUAAGGCUUUAACAGCAUGGUUUACAGCUUACUGAAAUCUUAAUAAAACUGUUUGCUAAUUAAAUCUUAUACUUUUCUGUAAGUAAGAUGUUUUUGAUUUAAAAAAAGCUUUUACGAAAUUGUUUACCCUGUAUAAUAUUUAAGGAAUUGUUUAAAUGGGAAUGUGCCGCCAAACAAUCUUGUGUAGGGGUACAUAGUGUGUGUGUAAAAAUGUAAUAAACAGUUGUCAUUCCAAUAUUUUGAUAAGAGUUGUAUUGCACCCCAAUCAACUCAUUAGUUAGAACGUCCCAAUUUUAGAUUUUAAAAGCUGAUUUUUUUUUUAAGAUGUAUGAGGCUUUUUGUUUGUUUUGAUGCAGUCUUUGUGUGCUUUAUCUCUGAUUCAUGUCAAAUAGAUUGAUUUAGGAUUUAGCAAAACAUGGACUCUAAGCCUGGCCAGUCUGUGCUUCUGAUAAGUCAAACAUCUGUAAUCACUGUCCAAGCUUGAAUGGCAGUAAUUGGUUGAUAGAACUGGGCUAAUCUUUCUAGCGCCUGUGGCUGAUCAUUUCUGUUUAAGGCAACUUUAAAAGUUAAACAGUUGGGCCAAACUGUAGGUGCCUGCAGAGUUACACCUCUCAAACCAGCGAUACAGCAUCCAGUCUGUACACCAGGAAACUGCAGAAUUUUAAAUGGUGCACUAGUAAAACAUUGAUCACCGUAACCUGCUCCUCUUUACCAUAGAGCAGUUAUGGACAUGGAGAACAAUAGUAUUAAUUUGUUAGUGUUCCCUGGCUGUGUUCACUAAUUAGCAGGGUCUAGUCUAUCUGCAAUGGGUUGUAUAGAAGUGUUUGAGAAGCUGCACAUAUACGAAAAGCAAUUCAGAUAACCUGCCAUAUUUGUUUUCACACUUACGUUUAUAUGGCAGCUUUCAUGGACUGUUGGUUUUAGUUUUUAAUUUAAUUUUUUUUGCUUGUUUUAAAUUAAUGGUUUCUUUUAAUUGAUUGGAGUGCACAUUCUGUGUCCUCCUCCCCCCCCUCCCCCCCCAAACACUAUAUUGUUAACAUAGUAUGAAUUAAGGAAGCUUUGCAGUGAGUCUUUUAGUCUAUAAAAUGCAUACAUGUUAUUUGUUCUGUCAUGGUUUUAUAGAGUAAGAUUGUCCGCGUGUUGAACCUCUGGCAGAAGAAUGGCGUAUUUAAGAUUGAAAUCAUUCAGCCAUUGUUGGAUAUGGCAGCAGGAGCUUUGGCUGCAAGUGAAAUGCUUGCUGAUAACUCUGCCAAUGAUGAAGGUAGGACAUCCAUAUACUUUCUGGGGUGUGGGGGGGGUGUGUGUGUGUGUGUGUGUGUGUGUGUGUCCAUGAAUAUCGGUUUCCCUUACCAGGUAUACAAAACAUACUUUGACAAACAGAUCUUCUCUUGCUGUUUGUGGGUGAGUUAAAGGAGUUAGAGUGCAGCAUCAGGUGGAUCUCCUGGCUAGUCAUGCCUGCGAUAAUUGAGGCUUUUAUUAACCGUGCCCUGAAGGAAAAUGGAAGUUAUUAUAGAAUUGAUUACAAUUAAAGUAUAAUGAUCCCUUAAACUCUAAGAAUUUACCGUAUUUUUCGCUCUAUACCAUAAGACACUCCUAGAUUUUAGAGUAAGAAAACAAGAAAAAAAGUUUUACUACCCACUUCCCUCCCCUGUCCCAUAGUGUUCUCCCACACCCCCCUGUCACAUAGUGUUCUGUUCCUUACCAUCCCUACACCUGUCCCUUAGUGCGCACCGUGGUACAGGAGAUUCAGGGCUGUACUCUGAAAGGAAGUUCCUGUACCGCAGUGCGCACACAUUCGUUCCAUAAGACGCACAGACAUUUACCCUCACUUUUGAGAAGGAAAAAGGUGCAUCUUAUAGAGCGAAAAAUACGGUAUUUGUAGAAGGUGGAUGUUUUUGUAUUCUUUGUAUUUUACUUCCAGUUGUGAAUUUUUAACAGCAGAUGAUGUAUUCUCUUUAAACAGAUAUAUUAAAUAACUUUAUUUUGCAGGGUCUUCACCUCCCCUUGGCACAAUGUCUUCAGAGCCAUCUGAAGAAAUUGCAAGUCUUGAACCUGCAGUGUCUGUCCCACAGUUACCGAAUCCAGAUGCCUUUGCUGCAGUUGCCCAACUAUUUCAAACCACGCAAGGACAGCAGGUAUAUUUCAAUUCUUCCACUCUAAAUUAUUAAAUGUUGGGGACAGUGGGGCUGUAUUUUUUUUACACAAUUUAAUUAGUAGAAUAGACUUGGAUAUUUAACGGGUGUAUCUCUAUUCUUUUCAUUCAGCUCCAGCAAAUACUUCAGACUUUCCAGCAGCCUCCCAAACCACAAUCUCCUGCCAUUGAUGAAAAUGUUCUUGCACAGGUUCAGGCCAUUACCUCUCAAUUGAAUGCUCCACCUCACCAGCCAGAAAGGAAAACUGCGUUUGACAAGGUGUGCAUGUGUUAACACGUGGAAUAUUGCUGAUCUGUAUUUUUUAACUCUAUUAUAGAGCUUUGUUUCCUCACAUUAGGGGAACUGGAACUUAGAUGCUAGCUAGUACUCCAGACAAUUGAUCCGCUGAGCACCGUUUAGUAGAUCUCCCUUUUUUUCAAGUUAUACUUUUUUGUUUGAAUAUCCCUUUUUAUCCUUAGAUUGAUUAAAGGUAGGGCCUCCCUUCCUCAUUUCUUAUACAGUGGAGCUCUCCUGAUGGUUUCCCCUUGUGGGACUCUACACAUCACCUACUCCUAUUACCUACAUAUUUUGGAGGGUUACCCCCUCAUUGGAGCUCCCUAUUAGGUAGUUACAGUGGUGCAGCUCAUGAGCCCUUGACUUUUAUCCGGACUCCUGACCUGCAUUCUGUUUACUUUAUUUCUCCAAUAAUAUUUGUUCACAAUUUCGUCAUGUGGAUGUGUUUUCUAUAGGACACAGACAAUGCUUUUUGAAAUAUGAGGCUCGCAGAAAUGUAGUGCUUUCGGGCGACCUUGGAUUUUUGUUUUUUAAUCUAGCUUCUAAUUCUGGUUAUGUGAUAAGUUAAAGAAUGCUUUGAGUACUCCAUUAUGUAUUUCUGUUCCUAAAGUUACUUGACAGAUUUGACUAUGAUGAUGAGCCUGAAGCAACCGAAGACUCCAAAAAAGAAUCCUCAAGCCCCCCGCCUCCUUCUUCCCAGCCACCUUUGUGAGUAUGCCUUAUCCUUUAAGGGAUGUUUACCUUGCAAGAGUUCAUCUGUUUCCAUUUGCAGAAACAGACGUUUUGUUACAUGACUCUUGUAAACCAACACAAAACAAACCGGUUUCUUCCUUCCAAAAGAAACUUGUGGAAUAGAGAAUAAAUAGACCUAUAGGGUUCCCAUAAACUCCUGUUGCGCUUAAAGGACCACUAUAGUGCCAGGAAAACAAACUCAUUUUCCUGGCGCUAUAGGGUCAUUAGGUCCCUCCCACCCUCGGGCCGCCUCCCGCUGGGCUGUUGGGGUUAAAAGCCCUUCAGCCACUUACCUUUCUUCAGUGCCGGGCUCCCUCUGUGCUGGUGACCUCUCCUCCCUCUGCCGACGUCAACUCAGAAUGCGCAUGCGCGGCAAGAGCCGCACGCGCUUUCAAACCGCCCAUAGGAAAGAAUUACGCAAUGCUUUCAUAUGGACAUCCAGCGUCUUCUCACUGAUUUUCACAGUGAGAAUUGCAGAAGCGCCUCUAGUGGCUUUCAGUGAGACAGCUACUAGAGGCUGGAUUAACCCUCAGUGAAACAUAGCCGUUUCUCUGAAACUGCCAUGUUUUCAGCUGCAGGGUUAAAACUAGAGGUACCUGGCACCCAGACCACUUAAUUGAGCUGAACUGGUAUGGGUGCCUAUAGUGAUCCUUUAAGCUGUGUGCAAGUCUUGUGGCUGCCAUUAACUAUUAAUGGGUAUUUUUCAUUACUGAACAUUCUGUUGAUAGAAUCUUAUGAUUGCUGUACUUUUUUCAAAGCAGCUUUACAACAUUUCCUUUUAAUGUAUUAAGCGGUAGAGUUCCAUCGUUGCAUGUCCCUUAAGGCAUAUUUAGCCUUAUGACUUACGAAAAUACUGCUACUACUGGUGUUCUUUUCAAGCAUUUAUGUUGAAUUGUAUCCAGGCGUUUAAAAUCUCUCUUGCUUCUGAUUUUAUAAAGCCAAGACAAUGUGUGUGCUUGCUUUGUAUUGUAAUGUUAGUCUCAACUCAAUAAUACCUGAACAAAACUACUCUUCCAUGCAGCACUUUUAUUUUUGGAACACAAUAUUAAUGGUUGGUGUAAUAAGUGAUUACCCUCUUACAGGUUUCUUUUCUGUUUCUAUGCAGCUCAUUUUCAGGAGAAGGUAUGCAAACAGCAUUUACCCAGAUGCCAGGGCAAAUGCCAAACAUGGAGCAGUUUCAGCCUAUGAUGAUGGGAAUGCCACAGGAAUCUCUGCAUCACCAGGUAUAUUGUUUACACACUGUGCAAGGCUCAUCAGUGCUCCACCUUUACUUGUGAGGGUGCCACAGCCCUAACUAACAAUGCAUAUAAUCUUAGGUUAAGAGCCUGCACAUAUUUGUAAUGGGCAAAUGCAAAUAUUACAAAUUUUAGAACGAAAUGUUGUAUUUCUUAAACUGUGUACUUUGUCUUUAAGAGAUAUUGCAAACUGACAAGGUGUUAGAAAUGGAACGUAUUGUUUUUCAUAACGGUUUCUUUAAGCAAUAACCUCAGUGCAUACUAUGUUUGGGACAUUUUGUCCCAGACGAAUUACAAUAACAAUAAUGCAUAAACAUGCUUCAAGGCUAUCCUACGACUCUUUCGGUACGUAAUAUACUGUAGUAACCUUAGUAGAUAAGGAUGUUCAGUCUUUAAGAUGUCAUCUUGAACUAAGUCAGGAAAAUUUCUAUGACGUAUGCACCUUUUAGUUAUGGCCUUGUAUGUUUGCCAAGUUAAAGGGACCUCUCUAGGCACCCAGACCACUUCAGCUUAAUGAAGUGGUUUGGGUGCCAGGUCCCUAUAGGAUUAACACUUUUUUUUUAAAAAAAUAGCAGUUUCAGAGAAACUGCUAUGUUUAUAAAUGGUUUAAUCCAGCCUCUGAAGUCUCUAGUGGCUGUCUCAUUGACAGCCGCUAGAGGCGUUUGCGUGCUUCUCACUGUGAAAAUCACAGUGAGAAGAAGCCAGCGUCCAUAGGAAAGCAUUGUAAAUGCUUUCCUAUGAGACUGGCUGAAUGCGUGCGCAGCUCCUGCCGCGCAUGCCCGCGCAGCUCCUGACACGCAUGCGCGUUCAGCUCGAAGAGGAGGAGAACUCCCCGCCCAGCGCUGGGAAAAAAAUAAAUAAAUAAGAUUUAACCCUUUCCUCUCCCCAGAGCCCGGCCAGCGGGGGGGACCCUGAGGGUGUUCAGAAGGGUAUUUUAACCUAUUAAUGAUAUUUGCAAGCAUUUAGUUUAAUCUUAUAAACUCUGCUAUAAUGGAUUUUAUGUCUAAAUUUAUAUUUUUAUAAUACCUAAAAGACAAAACUUUAUUGCUUCCAAGACACUCCUUAUUUUAUAUUGUAUUCUCAAUUAUUUAUACAUGUUAAAUAGAGGAUCUCUUACACUAACUAUAUAAAAUUGUGGCUAAGAUAUCUGUAUGGUUAGCUCUGCCAAGUUCUAUACUUUAAGACGUUAUAGUGGUAAAUAAGGGAACCAGCCACGGUUACACAUUUAUUUUACCAACUGUGCGUGAUUGAAUUCAAUGUCUUGCCUUGGACUCCCAUAGGAUACUUUUUUGUGUGUUUUGUUAUUUUUAAACUAUUGUAUUUUGGGAAAGGUUGGUGGCUCGACUUAAGGUUAUUGUACUGGUAAUCUAAUAAAAGGUGGUGUGGCUUCAAAAAUUGGUCUACAGUGGCACACCACCUAUGAUCUCUUUUGAGCAGAAACAUUUCACUAACAGAGCCUUUUAUUUAUUUUAUAGGCUCAGUUGCCUCCUAAUGGACAAAUGCUUGGGUUUGGUAUGAUUCCUACACAGGCUUUCCCCAAUAUAGCCCCUCCAGUAGUGGUUCAAGAAUCUCCUCAGCCUUUCCAACCUCCUUUCCAAAUGCCACAGAAUGAAAUUCAUGUGCAGAAAGAGCUUCACCAGGUAACACAUUAUAACCUACAUUGCAUGUUUGAUUCAGUAUCUAGGACUUUAAUGUUAAUUGGUCACACUAAAUAUCUUGAGUGGUUUGCAGUACUCAAGGUGCUAAAAGUAAAUGGUGCUUUUAGCAUCCUCAGUCCACUUCCAUGUCUUUGUCUAUGUCAAAACAGAUACUCUUGGAGAUGAAAAGCUUUACACUUUUUCCAAAUUGGUCAUUCAGUAAUUGGGUUAAGGCAUCAGUUUUGUGAAAAUAGGCCCGUCCGGUAACCUGGAGCACCGUUUCUGGUUUUCAAUAUUAAUGUUUUCCCUGUUUCCUAAAUGUGUAAAAUAAGUAAUUUUUUUUAAAUUUAAAGCAAAUCAGCAAACUUGUGCAUUCUGUUUAAAAGAAUUGGUCCAAAAAAGAUGCAUGGUGGGUGGGAAUUACCUGCAGAUGGGCUUACGUCUAAUGGCCAUUUAAGUAGAACUAAAAACCUACAUUUUUAUAAAUAUGCAUAGGAAUUUGGAAUAGUGUGACAGUAACUUUUUUUUUUCCCCUUUGGUUUUAUUGUACAGUUGCAAGAAAAAAUUAUGUGAACCCUUUGGAAUGAUAUGGAUUUCUGCACAAAUUGGUCAUAAAAUGUGAUCUGUUCAUCAUCUAAGUCACAACAAUAGACAAUCAGUCUGCUUAAACUAAUAACACACAAAGAAUGAAAUGUUGCCAUGUUUUUAUUGAACACACCAUGUAAACAUUCACAGUGCAGGUGGAAAAAGUAUGUGAACCCUUGGAUUUAAUAACUGGUUGAACCUCCUUUGGCAGCAAUAACUUCAACCAAAUGUUUACUGUAGUUGCAGAUCAGACGUGCACAACGGUCAGGAGUAAUUCUUGACCAUUCCUCUUUACAGAACUAUUUCAAUUCAGCAAUAUUCUUGGGAUGUCUGGUGUGAAUCGCUUUCUUGAGGUGAUGCCACAGCAUCUCAAUUGGGUUAAGGUCAGGAUUCUGACUGGGCCACUUCAGAAGGCGUAUUUUCUUCUGUUUAAGCCAUUCUGUUGUUGAUUUACUUCUAUGCUUUGGGUCAUUGUCCUGUUGCAACAUCCAUCUUCUGUUAAGCUUCGGCUGGUAGACAGAUGGCCUUAAGUUCUCCUGCAAAAGUCUUGAUAAACUUGGGAAUUAAUUUUUCCCUCGAUGAUAGCAAUUCAUCCAGGCCCUGAUGCAGCAAAGCAGCCCCAAACCAUGAUGGCCCCACCACCAUACUUCACAGUUGGGAUGAGGUUUUGAUGUUGGUGUGCUGUGCCUUUUUUUUUGCUACACAUAGUGUUGUGUUUCUUCCAAACAACUCAACUUUGGUUUCAUCUGUCCACAGAAUAUUUUGCCAGUACUGCUGUGGAACAUCCAGGUGCUCUUGUGCAAACUGUAAACGUACAGCAGUGGCUUCCUCAGUGGUAUCCUCCCAUGAAAUCCAUUCUUGUUUAGUGUUUUACGUAUUGUAGAUUCGCUAACAGGGAUGUUAGCAUUUGCCAGUGACUUUUGUAAGUCUUUAGCUGACACUCUAGGAUUCUUCACCUCAUUGAGCAGUCUGUGCUGUGCUCUUGCAGUCAUCUUUACAGGACUGCCACUCCUAGGGAGAGUAGCAGCAGUGCUGAACUUUCUCCAUUUAUAGACAAUUUGUCUUACCGUGGACUGAUGAACAGCAAGGCUUUUGGAGAUACUUUUAUAACCCUUUCCAGCUUUAUGCAAGUCAACAAUUCUUAAUCAUAGGUCUUCUGAGAGCUCUUUUGUGCGAGGCAUCAUUCACAUCAGGCAAUACUUCUUGUGAAAAGCAAACCCAGAACUGGUGUGUGUUUUUUAUAGGGCAGGGCAGCUGUAACCAACACCUCCAAUCUCAUCUCAUUGAUUGGACUCCAGUUGGCUGACAUCUCACUCCAAUUAGCUCUUGGAGAUGUCAUUAGUCUAGGGGUUCACAUACUUUUUCCACCUGCACUGUGAAUGUUUACAUGGUGUGUUCAAUAAAAACAUGGCAACAUUUCAUUCUUUGUGUGUUAUUAGUUUAAGCAGACUGUGAUUGUCUAUUGUUGUGACUUAGAUGAUCAGAUCACAUUUUAUGACCAAUUUGUUCAGAAAUCCAUAUCAUUCCAAAGGGUUCACAUACUUUUUCUUGCAACUGUAUAUAUUGGGGUUGAUGUGUACUAUUGUCAUUGCUGCCACCCCAGAGUACUUGGAGUUUGAGCGCCGGACUUUUUUUUGUGUAGUUAUUACUAUACUGACAGAUGUUUUCACCACUAUUGUACCAAGAUUUACACCUAUAAUAGAUUUUCAAAUUAUAAAUAUUAUUUUUGUGUAUUUUUUUUUUUUUUUUUUUUUUUUUUUUUUAGGAAGCUCCUAUGGAACUCGAACAGCCAAGCAUUCAAGAUAAUAAACGCCAUCAACCUGAGCCAAAGUCUGCAUCCAGGUAAAAUGGUGAAAUGUAGAUAUAAAUUGUUGUUGCUUGCAGGGGGUACCCAUAGAAACGUAGAAUGUGACGGCAGAUAAGAACCAUUUGGCCCAUCUAGUCUGCCCAAUUUUCUAAAUACUUUCAUUAGUCCCUGGCCUUAUCUUAUAGUAAGGAUAGCCUUAUGCCUAUCCCACGCAUGCUUAAACUCCUUUACUGUGUUAACCUCUAGCACUUCAGCUGGAAGGCUAUUCCAUGAAUCCACUACCCUCUCUGUAAAGUAAUACUUCCUGAUAUUAUAUUUUAAACCUUUGUCCCUCUAAUUUAAGACUCUGUCCUCUUGUUGUGGUAGUUUUUCUUUUUCUUUUAAAUAUUGUCUCCUCCUUUACUGUGUUGACUCCCUUUAUGUAUUUAAAUGUUUCUAUCAUAUCCCCCCUGUCUCGUCUUUCCUCCAAGCUAUACAUGUUAAGAUCCUUUAACCUUUCCUGGUAAGUUUUAUCCUGCAAUCCAUGAACCAGUUUAGUAGCCCUUCUCUGAACUCUCUCUAAAGUAUCAAUAUCCUUCUGGAGAUACGGUCUCCAGUACUGCGUACAAUACUCCAAGUGAGGUCUCACCAGUGUUCUGUACAAUGGCAUGAGCACUUCCCUCUUUCUACUGCUAAUACCUCUCCCUAUACAACCAAGCAUUCUGAUAGCAUUUCCUGCUGCUCUAUUACAUUGUCUGCCUACCUUUAAGUCAUCAGAAAUAAUCACCCCUAAAUCCCUUUCCUCAGAUGUUGAGGUUAGGACUCGAUCAAAUAUUCUGUACUCUGCCCUUGGGUUUUUACGUCCAAGAUGCAUUAUCUUGCACUUAUCCACAUUAAAUGUCAGUUGCCACAACGCUGACUAUUUUUCUAGUUUACCUAAAUCAUUUGUCAUUUGGCUUAUCCCUCCUGGAACAUCAACCCUGUUACAUAUCUUAGUAUCAUCACCAAAAAGACAUACCUUACCAUCAAGACCUUCUGCAAUAUCACUAAUAAAAAUAUUAAAGAGAACUGGUCCAAGUACAGAUCCCUGAGGUACCCCACUGGUGACAAGCCCAAGCUUCGAAUAUACUCCAUUGACUACCACCCUCUGUUGCCUGUCACUCAGCCACUGCCUUACCCAUUCAACAAUAUUGGAAUCCAAACUUAAAGAUUGCAGUUUAUUGAUAAGCCUUCCAUGUGCAACAGUGUCAAAAGCCUUACUGAAAUAUAGGUAAGCAAUGUCUACUGCACCACUCUGAUCUAUAAUUUUAGUUACCCAAUCAAAAAAAUCAAUAAGAUUAGUUUGGCAUGAUCCAAUCUUCUGGGACUAAUCCUGUUAACAAUGAUUGGUUAAAUAAAUCUGUUAAUGGUUUUGCUAGUACACCACUAAGCUCUUUUAAUAGCUUUGGGUGUAUUCCAUCAGGUCCCAUUGACUUAUUUGUCUUUACUUUUGACUGUUGAAAUAGAACCUCUUCCUCUGUAAACUCACGUGUAACAAAUGACUUGUUUAUCCUUUUACUUAACUGAGGUCCCUUUCCCUCAUUUUCAUCUGUAAAUACCGAACAAAAAUAUUGAGGCAGUCAGCUAGACCUUUAUCCUGCUACUGCUAUUAUAACCGCAUGAUCUUUUUAUUUCACAUGCAUAGUUCUUUUGAAUGGAGUUCAGCCAACUGAGCUUAAAAUAGCACUCUAAUGAUGUAUAUGUGUAAAUUCAUUUAAAACAUUAAGUUAAAUUCCUGUUGCCUUUAGAGUCUGUGUCCCUAUGGAAUGUCCACUUAUAAAGGGAAACUUCUUUCAUUCACCGGCGUCUUGGUUUGUUGCCGAUCUUUAAGGUUAAGGUCCUAAUAGGGAUGAUUUCAGCCAAUCAAAUGCUUCUUCAGAAUGAAGCAUUGAAGGUCCACGUGCAUAUUUAUUGUAAUUCUGUGCAAAUGGGCUUCCCCUUACAGGAUAGCAUUACAAUAUUUAUUUAAGGGAAUAUUUAACUAUGUUGGGCAUAAUCAUGAGGUUGAAUGUGAAAAUUGCUUUUUUUUUUUUAUUUAUUUUUUUAAAGUGUGUAAUUUUUUUGAAAGGCUAUAGGACAAUCUCUAUGCCAAUGUUUUGUUAUACGAAGUCUUAUUUUUUUAUUUUUUUUUAAUUUGCUAUUCCAGGUCACCAAAAAGACGGCGCUCAAGAUCCAGUUCACGUUCCCGGAGAUCUCGCCAUCGGCGUUCCCGAUCAAGGUCUCGUGACAGGAGAAGGCACUCACCCAAAUCUCGGUCACAAGAGAGGCGUGAUAGGGAGCGCAAGCUAAAAGGUCUUCCACCAAUAAAAUCAGAAACAGUUAGUGGUACGUAAUAAUGGUUCUCUUUUACACUCUUUAAAUUUACUUUUUAUUUAAUACAUUAUCACUUUAAAUGAUUAUUCCUUGACAUUUCACGAAUAUUCUUUCUUAUAAUCCUAGUGUAAAAUCUGCAACUCUUGUUCUGUACUGAUUUUGUUAUCUUUUUUUUUUUUUUUUCACCCCUUACUGUCUUUUACAGUUUGUAGCACUACGCUCUGGGUAGGUCAACUAGAUAAACGAACAAGCCAACAGGAUGUUGCAAACCUUCUAGAAGAAUUUGGACCUAUUGAGUCAAUCAAUGUAAGUAUUUUUUUUAAGAUGAGGCACAACCUCCUGUCAGGAAGCCGAACAGGGAAUUAAGUAUGUGAGUAUGUAACUACUAAAUAAAAUCGCUAUUUUAGAAAGCCAAAAAUAUUUUUAAUGGUGAUAAAAUAUUGGGAUUUGUUUCUACUCUUGCAUUCUUUAUUGUAAUGUACAACUAGCUAUUGAGCAAUCAGUGCUUAGAUCAAUCCGUCAUCUUCCUUCCUAAAUUGCAAAUAUGCAUAUAUAUUUAAUGUUAUGAUUGUCUGUGAAGUUCAGUGUUUUAUUUUUGGUUAUUAAAGAGCAUGCUGAUAAACAGACAUGAAAGUUCUUAUCUGUAAUUCUUUGCACAAUCAACUACUUAAAAUUUACAGUAUACUGCUUUCAGUUAAAAGGCAGCAUCUCUGAGACUGAAAGGUGUAUUUUUCUAAACCCCCUGCACACUUAACACUUAAUAGGGCACAUAUGGGGUGGGCACAUAGAACAAAAAACAAAAAAGGAGGUUGCCAAAUCUCAAAUCCCUAUGCACGUUUUAAGCAACAGGAGGUUUAUUCCACUCAUCUGGCCAUUAAAGUGCAAGCUCAUCUGCCACAUGAAGGCUUACCUCUAAGGUGAGUCCUACACGAACAAUUCACCAUGCUACUUUCAGCUAAAAGGCAAGAGAUAUGCCUUGGUGGGGGAGGUGAGCUUGCAAUUUAAUGACCAUUGGAGUGAUACUAAAACCCUUCUGUUAUUUAUGUGUGCAUAGGGAUUUGGGAUAGUGCACUUGUAACCUAUUUUUUUUUUUUUUUAUUGCUUUUUUUAUAUGUAUUUUGGCUGAUUUAUUCUGUAGCUGUUGCUGCUGCGUAAGUGUAGUGGGCUUAAUUUUUGCAUGUUAAUAUUUACAGGGCUAUUCACAAGACUGAGAAUUUAAAGACCAUUUAAAAUUUAUUGCCAAAAUGGAAAAAUGUUGGCUUAUUUGGCUUAAAAUUUGAAAUUUACUUUAGUAAAUCUAAUGGAAAUAAAAAAUAGUAUUGCAGACUACAAAUGAUAGUCCAUAAUUUAACAUGACGCACGUGUUUCCUUCCAGAUGAUUCCUCCCAGAGGCUGUGCUUAUAUUGUUAUGGUUCACCGACUUGAUGCAUAUCGUGCAUUGCAUAAACUGAGUAGAGGAAGCUAUAAAGUAGGCCAGAAGGCAAUAAAGGUAUGUACAUGCUUUCUCUAAUAUAUGAAUGAUCGUAAUCAAAUAUUUAUGUUGGUGUAAUUUCAGGUUAGAGUAUUUUGUAGAUUGUAAGAAGAUGUUUUUCUUUUUUAAAGUUGACUUUUCUGGUAAUUCACAAACUGGGAUACUGCACUCACACUCAGGAAUCCAGGUGCUUACCAGGGUUAGUUUAGUAGAUAAGAUAAAUUAGGUCCAGGCACUCGGGGUUGCUGCUGAAAGGCAGGUUUAGUAGAACAAAAAAGUGCAACGUUUUGGUCUACACAGAGGCCUUUUCUGAUAAGACCAUAAGUUUACAUUGUUGUUUUUGACUUGAACAGUUGUUUUUUUCCUUUUGACAUAUACCGAAAUGUUUUGUAUUAAAUGGUUUAAUCAAUCCGAUACAGUAGGUGAGUACUACAAAUUGUAUUACUUGAUCUUCUGGUUGUUUUUAAACGUUUUUCCAAUACAAUUAACACAUUCAUGCAGUCAAAGCAGUUUAGGGGUUGUUCCCCAAGAUAAUCUUCCAUGUUGCUGUGAUUUUUAUCUUGUUGCAUGCUCUAAAAUAAUGUAAACUCUACGUAUAUAUACCCAUUUACAUGUGAGUUAUUUGACAUAGGGUUCAUUCAGUAGUCUGAAUGUGUACAAUAGAACUGCUGUGACAGCCUUUCACAGUGGUCUUUUAAUGUGAUUUAUAGCUGAUGCCCGGCUGCAACUGUGCAUUCCAGGAUCAGUUGCUAAUUGGCUAUAGUUGAUGCCGCCCUAAUGAGACAAUUCAGCAGUCGUCCUUAAUUGGCCCUCGGGCUCUCUCGUCACCUUUCACCUUAUGAGCUAAUCGCAGGAACACUCCAGUUAAAGUAACACUCCAGACCACCUAAAUCAACUUUAGCUUAAUUUUUUUUUUUUUUUUUUUAAAUAUGUGAAGUGUCACCUUUAUCAUUUUACAUCAGUAUAAAUUGGCACUUUUUAUUAUACAUUGACAGCCAGGCAGUAUAAUAAGGUUAAUCAGACAAGCCGUCCUGUUACUUUCUGGUUUGGUUAGGUAAACUGAAGAUGGCAAUCACUCAGAGCAGCUGCCUUGCAAAGGCUUCUUAUUGAGCUGCAUUGGGAAAUGAGAAAGGGAGGGUGUGCAGCUUGUAAAGGCUGCAGACAAUAUGUACAACUUUUGCAAGAUAUAUGUAGGUGUUUGUGUAUAUGUGUAUAUAUCUACAAUGAGACAUGUAUAGUUAAGUGUAUGCAUGUUUUCAUUGUGGGUAUAUCACUUAAAUUUUGAUAUUUAUUUUAGUUGAGCACUGGAGUCUCCCUUUGAGGAAAUGUGAUCUCUGUAAUAGGAACUCUCAGCCUAACGAGCCAGUUUUCUAAGCAGUUCAUAGUUAUGGUUAGUUAGGUUUAGGAUUAGAGUCACAGUUUGACACUGUUCAGUAACAGCAACUCUGCCAAGAAAGAGACAUGUUAACAAGGGUGUGACUCUGAGCCCAAAAACUUAGCAAAAGUAUACAUGUGGGACAUUGCUGUACCCGAGAGACGUGGCAGAUUAUAAAUCUAUUGUCUUUAAAGUAGUAGUGCACACACAGCUUGUGAAAUUACAAUCCCCAUAUUAAAUAGCCCAAAUUGUCUUCUUUUACAAAUGGUACAUCAUGAUAGGAUUAUAGAGCCGUUUGGGGCUACUAUUUAGUGCAUGGACUCCAUUUGAGUAAAAUGGUAAAAACGGGUCAGUUUUAGAACUGAAAGCGACAUGUUUGCCAAAUGUUUAAAGAUGUUAAGGGUCAUAUUACAUUAGUGUAUGUGAGGGAUAUCGCUGUACUCUGGAAGUAGCAGAAUAGAAAGUUAGGGUCUUUACGUUGUGGGGCACAAUCACUUUGGCAGAUGGUGGUGAAAUGGUUAAAUGAAGUGGCAAGCUGAAGUACAGGCUUAACUAUUUGCAUUUAACCCCUUAAGGACACAUGACGUGUGUGGCAUGUCAUGAUUCCUUUUUAUUC